GAUGCACAGAAACAAACAGAAUGACAACGAAAGAGAAGUCAAAGUGGAAUAAAAGAACGCAAUGUUCGGCAAUCAACUGCAAAAACUAUCAGUGCAACAGUACCAAUCUUGCCUUUCAUCGUUUUCCCAAAGACCCUGACAGGUGUGCCAGGUGGGUGCAGAAUCUCAGGAAUGCAUCUUUGAUGGGGAUAAGCUUUCAGCGGCUCCAUCACAACUAUAGGGUGUGCAGUGCACAUUUUCACACUAGCCAGUUUAAGAGACCAUCUAAUGUCCAUGCAGGAUUGAAAUGGGAUGCAGUGCCCACAAUGGUUAAUGCUCCUACCCCACCACCCCCAUUGGACUUGGUGUUAAAGAGAAAGCCACCAAAGACGCGUCAGGAGUUACCACCAAAGAGACGUAAAAAAAGUAAUAUUGUUUACCUGCCAAAUACAGGCUCAUCCACUGCAGACAGUGUUCAACAACCCACUGGCUCAGAGACCGAUAUUACCUCUCCUGAUGCUUCUGUAGCAAGACCUUCGAUGUCACUGACUCCACUGUUGCCCCCAAUGUCAUUGCCAACAGGCCUUGAAGCUGCUGCCAGGGAACAUGCCCUGAAGAUGAAGAUUAGGAGUCUGAAGGUACAGGUGUGCAAACUGAAGGCGGAAGUGAACAGGCUGAAGAAGACCAGGAAGGCCUGUGUUAAUAAGGAGUCAGUGAUGAAGCAGUUGAAGAAACUCUUACCAGCUAAAGCAUAUGCUUUUAACAGUGAUGCUGUGCUGGAGUCUGUUGUGAGGGUGUUCUACCAAAACAUGUCCUGGACCGGCUGAGUGAUAUGAGAUGAGGCCACCAAGUUCAGCAGCAUUUGCCUUUGACCAUGAUGGAAGUGUACUGGUUUACCUAGCUGGGUAUAUGGCCAGUAAGGUUAUGGGGAAAUUCGCAGUCAGUGAAGAUGGUCCCUGCAAGGAGUGUAAAAUCUUAACCACAGAUAUCCCUGCCUAUUCACAGUACGCAUUCCUCAAGGACAAACAGUACACUGACCUCAAUUUAGGAGAGAAGAGCCUUAAAGUGCCCAGCAUGGCACUGGUGGAUUUAGUCAUAGCUCUGGAGUCUAACUUCCAAAGAAAAAAAAAUAAAAAUAAAGAUCAGCUCAGUUAUCCACACAGUUGGGCUGGGUGGGAAGCUAUUUACCAGUAGGAUGGUGAUUGUGAGUGAGGGCAGGGGAGUAGUGUGUGACACGGAGAAGUGCAAAAAGUCAUUCACCUACAUGGUUAGACUCUUUAUACGGAUCAGAAUCCAUCACAUCUUACGCACCCAAAAUUGGCAAAUCUCACAGCCAAAUUAGGCUCAUCUGUAAAUUUUAUGACACCUACAGUAAAUGUUGUAUUGUCUUGUAUAUGUUUUAUGUUAUCAGUUGUGGAAUCCAACCAUUAAGUACACAUUUAAGGUAGGUUUAGCCUACUUUGAGUAUUUCCCUUUUAUGCAACUUUACACUUUUAAUAUUACUAUUACUCCACUAGGUAUGAAAUAUAUAUUGUACGUUUUAAUCCCCGGGAACACUGCAAACAUGAUGAUCUUGUAGAACACGAUGCAUUGCUGUGUCUGUAAUAAUUGAAUAAUUAAUUUGAGACUGGCUGUAAAAAAAGUUGUUUUUUUGUUUACAGUCUUUC